ACAUGACGAGAUGGGAUGUGACAGUUCUGUCAAGAUUGCCUUUCCACAAUCAUCACACAGCUCUUGCAUCUCUUGCGAGAAAUGCAUGGAUAAAGUCUUCAGCUGUGGGACAUUUCAGACAAAUACCAACAAUGAAGAUAACUUGUUCAGCCUUUGUGCUCCUCAUCAAAACACUACAAUGUUUGGCUUCAGAUGAUUCACCAUUUCAACUAACUAACAAGGACACUGGUUUUUGUUUGGUUAAAACAAACAACAACUGCAACGACCUACGCUGGACAACUAGUGAUCGACUUCUGGUUCCAGAAAGGAAGAAGUGCCUGGGAGUCCAGGGGAAAAGUGUGGGAAGUGAAAUAAACCUCUACGAUUGUGACGAACACAGCGACCUCCAAAAGUGGGAAUGCAAGAAUCAAACAGUGCUCGCCCUCAAAGACCAAGAGCUUUACAUUGAGCUCACUGCAGAUACCACAGCAGUCCUCUCCAAAACCAUUGGGCCCAAUAACCACCUCACAAUUUCAGGGACAUCCAACGGUGCUUGUGCAAGAACAUACAGAGAACUCUAUGCAAUUGGUGGAAAUGCCGCUGGACUGCCAUGCAUGUUUCCCUUCCAGUACGGAGACCAGUGGUACUCAGACUGCACUAUGGUCGACUCAACAGAAACGCCUCUUUGGUGUGCGGUUGAAACAAAAUAUCAAAGUGAACGCUGGGGUUAUUGCCCAAGUACUUCCAAAGAAGGCUGGACUAUACACCCAACAACAGGAGCAUAUUACCAGCUCAACACACAGUCAGCUCUGACUUGGAAUGAGGCUGAAGCCAGCUGCAAACAGCAGGGCGCCUCCCUGCUCAGCAUCACCGAUCCUCACCAGCAGGCUUACGUCACAGCACUACUAGGUACAGAGGGCAAUAAGCUUUGGACUGGGCUGGUCCUGAAUCCAGAACAUGGCUGGAAAUGGUCCAAUGGGAGGCCUUACCGCUACCUGAAAUGGGACUCAGGACAUCCACUUCCUAUUUCGGGACACAACUGUGCAAUUGUUGAUCCCGCUGUUCAGUACUCCUGGCAAAGUUCCCCUUGCAGCAAGAAACUUGGGUACAUCUGCUACAGUGAAGCGGCCGAAGUACUGCCUGCACAAGAUGGUGUGACAGGAUUUUGUUCAAGACCUUGGAUUUACUACACUGGCCACUGCUUCCACCUCAAUCGUACUGAGAAAACAUGGUCUGACGCUCAGAGAGAGUGUCGUAAUGAAGGAGGGGACCUGGUCUCCAUCAGCAAUGUGGAGGACCAAAGCUUUGUCAUCUCUCAACUUGGAUACAUAUCCACGGAUGAGCUUUGGAUUGGACUUAAUGACAGGAAGACAGAGGGGCUGUUUGACUGGAUUGACCACUCUACUGUCCGUUUCACUAGCUGGGAAUAUGGGAAACCUGCUGCCUCCUCUGAUAUAAAGGACUGUGUUGUCAUCAUGGGAGAGAAUGGGAACUGGGCUGACCGUGUGUGUGAGGAGAAACAUGGCUCCAUUUGUAUGAAGAUGAGUGCCUCAAAACCCACUGGAGAUGAAGUGCAACAGGAUGUAGGCUGCAAAACUGGAUGGAAAAGACAUGGCUCUUACUGCUACUUUAUAGGGAUACAGACCAAAACUUUUAAUGAAGCCAAAGAGGACUGCAAGAGCUCAGAUUCUUACUUAGCUGAUGUUUCAAAUAGGGUGGACAAUGCUUUCCUUGUCAGCUUGGUGGGGUUGAGACCAGACAAAUACUUCUGGUUAGGCCUCUCAAAUCAGAAAAACAUUGCUCGAUUUGCGUGGACCAACAGAGAAUCAGUGAGUUUUACUCACUGGAACGCUAAAAUGCCAGGUCACCGACAGGGCUGUGUUGCCAUGACAACAGGUUUUCUGGCAGGCCUUUGGGAUGUGCUGCGCUGUACCAAUAAGGAGAAAUACGUCUGUAAACACCUGGUAGAGGGGGUAGUUUUAACAACUGCACCAACCAGUUUUCACCCUACCAUGUGUGCAAUCGGUUGGAAGCCAAUUGGAUUAAGAAACGAUUGUUAUAAGCAUUUUUCACAACUACACUCAAUAUCGAGGACCUGGUAUGAGGCAAGAGAUUUCUGCAAGGCCAUUGGAGGAGACCUGAUCAGCAUCCACAGUGCUGACGAGCUACGAACGCUUCCAAACAACAACCAAAAAGCCUGGAUUGGGCUAAGUGCCCCUGACUCAGGCACCGGUUAUGUAUGGAGCGAUGGAUCGCCACUGCAGUUCCAAGACUGGGAUGAUGGAGAGCCAAACAAUAAAAACAAUGUGGAAUCUUGCACUGAAUUCUGGAUGACUCACGAGCGUAUGAGUGGGUCUUGGAACGAUGUGCAAUGCGAAAAAUACCACAGUUGGCUGUGCCAGAUUCGUGCAGGAGUGACUCCAAAUCCGACUCCAGACCCUGUCGCUCCUGACUACAAUCGGACCUCAGAUGGGUGGCUAGAAUGGAAUGGGGCUCGGUAUUACUUUAACAAACAGUCAAUGGCCAUGGAAGAAGCUCGUAGCUUCUGCCUACAGAAGCAUAGUGACUUGGUAGUUAUCAACAGUGAAGCUGAAAGGGUCUUUUUAUGGAAACAGGUGUCCAGACGUUCUGGGUCUUACUGGAUUGGCUUGAACGUAGAUCUCGAUAAAACAUACGAUUGGAUGGAUGGUUCUCCAGUGGUGUUUCAAAGGUGGGAUGAAAAUCAACCUCUUUUCCUACGCAAUGAUGAGAAUUGUGCUGUCAUGGAAGCAUAUACGGGGUUCUGGCAUGUUUAUAAUUGUGGAUAUGAGUACUACUCCAUUUGUAAACGCAGUGGCUCACCACCUGCCAACGCCACCAUAGCACCAACAGUUCCUCCAAAAGGUGGCUGUCCACAAAACUGGAAACAAUUUGACUCAAAGUGUUACAGCAUCAUUAAUAACCAGAAGGAGACGUGGCAUGGAGCAAGGACACAAUGCAGAGCAAUGGGAGGAACUCUGGCUUCAAUUCUGUCGAGACAAGUGCAAUUGUUUUUGAAUGCUGAAUUGGCACCUGCAAAAGACCUGUGGAUUGGUUUGUAUAGGUUUCGUGGCCCUUCAUAUCUCUGGACUGAUGGCAAACGAUUGAGAUACGGCAAUUGGGGAAAACCUGGGCCGAGAUACUUCCAUGAUGAAUAUGAUUCAGAUCAUUACUUGUUUUUUUCACCACUGCGUAAUGAGAAAGUAUGUGUAUUGAUGACUAGCAAUCCCAACUUUGGUAUUGGGAAAUGGUUCGCUCAGUCCUGCAAUGACACCAAUGGAUAUGUCUGUCUUCGAAAUGUUGAUCCUUCUCUACCAGACUCCCCUGAAUCAACAGCGACCGACUAUGUCAAAAUAUUUAAUGACUCUAUCAAGCUUGUUUCUCAACAAAUGAACUGGGAUGCAGCCCAAAAGCACUGUGAAAGUGAAGGUGCCAAACUGGCUAGCCUACGAAACCAGUGGUCACUGAACUAUGCUGAGCUGCUGGCUUUGACUGUCAAAAGUCCUGUGUGGAUUGGACUUAACGAAAUGGAGACUGGCGGUUAUUUCAGAUAUAUUGAUGGCUGGCACAUCACCGUAACCAAUUGGGGUAGACAGGAACCAAACACAUACCGACCUUGCGUGUUCGUGGAUGUAGACGGAACAUGGAAGACUGCUGACUGCAAUCAGACCAUGAAUAGCAUUUGCAUGAAGUCUACAGAUGUGGCACCAACCGAGUCAAGUUCUUUUCCAGGAUUUUGCCCUGACGACCGAGAAACACCCAGACACUCAAUCCAUGACAAUCAAUGGCUACCAUUUAGGGGUUAUUGUUACUUAUUUUUCAUAGCAAGGAUGGAGUGGCCAGAUGCAUCUGUUAACUGUGUAAGAAAUGGUGGAAAUCUUGCCAGCAUUGAAGAUCCGUCUGAGCAAGCAUUCAUUCAAAGCAAUAUUGAAAUAUUUCAAGACAACGAACUCUCAUUCUGGAUUGGCUUGUAUAAAACUCACAGAGGCAUUUGGCAGUGGUUGGAUAAAACUGCCGUGGACUACACUAACUGGAAUAGAGGUCAAAAAGAUGGCACCGGUUAUGGAUCGAUUAGAGUUUCAGAUGGGAAAUGGAUGACAGGGAGCAACUGGUAUUUAAAAGGAUACAUUUGCAAAACACCUAAAAUAUUAAGACGAGCUCCACAGACAUCUGUAAAUCCUACGGUGGACCCUCAAAGCCAUAGCCACAACAUUUUGGCAGGUGUGCUGGUCAUUACUUUGAUUGCCAUAGGAACAGUCAUCGCCUUGUUUCUCUUCAAGAAGUCUGGACGCCGUUUACCUAUCCCUGAAAAGUUAUCUACUUUUGACAAUCCAACCUUCAAUGAUGUGGUCGACCCCAAUAAACUGGUAGCAAAUGCAGAGGAGGAGAACCCUGGGCCUGAUAGAGCUGUGUGAUGGAAAUACCAGCAGAAUCUAUUUGAUUGAAUUCAGUGAAGCUUUCCUUUUCUAAAACAAUUAAAGUUUUUUAUAAGCAUUUUAGACAAAAAUAUUGUACUUUUAUGUCCUUUACAUUAAUCUAAUGGUUGUGGUUACUGAUAAUUCUCCAAGUUCUACAUGUAAAAUAAACAUUGAACCUUGA